CAAUGAGAGUCGACGCUCUGCAGACUGGAGACCUCAGCCUCACUCUGAAGAACCCCACAGUCUUUGACAGUGGAACCUACAUCUGUGCCGCCCUCAAGGCUGGACAUGCUCAGAGGCAGACUCAAGUACAGCUGAAGGUCUCAGUACCUCCAGUCUGGCCCAAAGUCCUCGCAGCUGUGCUGGUUACUCUGAUCAUCCUGGCUGCUGCCUUGGGUCUGUUUGUGUACUGUGCAUAUAAAAGGAUGAAGGACAGAGAAGCUCAGCAGCCAGAGGUGGUGGAGGUGCCACAGGGGGAGAAGUCUGUCGUGCUACCCUUUAAGACCACAGCUGACCUUCCUGAGAACGUCACAGUGGAGUGGACACUCACUGAACCCAAACACAUGAAGGUCCACGUGUAUGAGAGUGGAAAUAAUCAGCCUGUCAAACAGGACCAGGGUUACAGAGGUCGCACAGAGAUGGAUGAAGAUCCACUGAGAACUGGAAACUUCAGUCUGACUCUGAAAGACCUCCACCUCACUGACAGUGGAGUCUACACCUGCACCGUCUACAACAAGGAUGGACACAAGCUGCUACAGAAAUCAGUGAUUCUCAGUGUCAGAGGUUAUCAUUGGUGGUUCUUUAAAGGUACCUAAUAAGUUUGGGUCAUUCUGAAGGGAUGCUGUGCCUGUCAGUUUCCCAGACAGAAGUGCUGGAGGUGCCGAAGUCUGUCCUGCUGCCCUUUAAGACCAAAGCUGAC